GCGCCCGGUCUUCAGGGGAGCGAAGGCCUUGGAGCCCAAGGGCGGGUCCCCGCCCGGCAGCCCCCCUGCAGCGGGACGGGGCAGCACGCGCGGCCUGCCGCAAGGACCGCCGCUGUGACGGGGCACCACCCUCUCCCUGAGGGGGCUGCGGGCGCUCGGGUUUCGCUCCUCCCGCCUCCAGACCGGCAGCAGCCAGCCCCUCCGGUCCCGCCCGCGGCGUGCCGCAGGUGCCCCCCGGGGACCGCCGACUACGGCCCGGGCCAGGGCCGCCCCCUCGGGGUGCGGGGCGGAUCCGGGCGGCGGGGCAGGCCCUGCCUGGGGCGGUGCCGUCCCUCAGCCCGGCUACCACCGCCCCUCGCGCUGCCCGGCGGGGCGGGGGCGCCGAGAGCCCCCCGGGGCUGGCCCUGCGCUGCGCUCCGCUCCGCGCAGGCACCGGCCGCCGGCGCGAACAAAGGCGGCGGUGGCGGCGCGGCCCGGCCCGUGAGAGGCAGCCCGCCCGCCCGCCCGCCCGCCCCUGCUUCCUGGGCCGGGCCGGGCUGGGCUGGGCGAGGCGAGGCGAGGCGGCCUCCGCGCCCCCGCCCCGCCCCGCCGGCGCGGAGCGGAGCGGAGCCGCCGCCGCAGCAGCAGCGCCGGUCGCGGGGCGCGCUCGCCGCCCGUCGCAGGAGCUGCAUGUGCGCGGGAGGAGCGGCGGAGGAUGGCAGUGCUCAAGCUCGCCGACCAGCCACCACUGGUCCAAGCGAUUUUCAGCGGCGAUCCAGAAGAGAUACGGAUGCUGAUCUACAAAACUGAGGAUGUCAACGCCUUGGAUGCCGAGAAACGAACUCCUCUUCACGUUGCAUCAUUCCUGGGGGAUGCAGACAUCAUUGAGCUUCUCAUUUUGUCAGGCGCUCGUGUUAAUGCCAAGGACAAUAUGUGGCUGACUCCUCUCCAUCGAGCUGUUGCUUCAAGAAGUGAAGAAGCAGUGCAAGUAUUGAUUAAGCACUCAGCCGAUGUCAAUGCUCGGGACAAGAACUGGCAGACACCGUUGCACGUGGCAGCUGCGAACAAGGCAGUGAAGUGUGCAGAAGUCAUCAUCCCCAUGCUGAGCAGCGUCAACGUCUCAGAUCGAGGGGGGCGGACGGCAUUGCACCAUGCAGCUCUGAAUGGCCACAUUGAGAUGGUGAACUUGCUCUUAGCCAAGGGGGCAAACAUCAAUGCUUUUGACAAAAAGGACAGAAGAGCUCUUCACUGGGCAGCAUACAUGGGUCAUCUGGAAGUUGUUGCCUUACUGAUUAAUCAUGGUGCAGAGGUGACUUGUAAAGACAAGAAAGGUUACACCCCACUUCAUGCAGCUGCAUCCAAUGGGCAGAUUAACAUUGUGAAACACCUCCUUAACCUGGGGGUAGAGAUUGAUGAAAUGAACAUCUAUGGAAAUACCGCACUUCACAUUGCCUGUUACAAUGGUCAGGAUUCUGUUGUUAAUGAGCUGAUUGACUAUGGUGCUAAUGUAAAUCAGCCUAAUAAUAAUGGAUUCACUCCCUUGCAUUUUGCUGCUGCCUCCACUCACGGAGCACUGUGUCUUGAACUACUAGUGAAUAAUGGGGCAGAUGUUAACAUUCAGAGUAAGGAUGGGAAGAGCCCGCUGCACAUGACAGCUGUCCAUGGGAGAUUCACGCGGUCGCAGACCCUCAUUCAGAACGGAGGGGAAAUUGACUGUGUUGACAAGGAUGGUAACACCCCUCUGCACGUGGCUGCAAGAUACGGACAUGAGCUUUUGAUUAACACCCUCAUAACCAGUGGAGCUGAUACUGCCAAGUGUGGGAUCCACAACAUGUUCCCUUUACACUUAGCAGCGCUGAAUGCUCACUCAGACUGCUGCAGGAAAUUGUUGUCAUCGGGCUUUGAAAUAGACACCCCCGAUAGUUUUGGAAGAACGUGCCUCCACGCUGCUGCUGCAGGAGGUAAUGUUGAAUGUAUAAAACUCUUGCAAAGCAGUGGAGCAGAUUUUAAUAAAAAGGACAAAUGUGGGAGGACGCCUUUGCAUUACGCAGCUGCAAAUUGUCAUUUCCACUGUAUUGAGACACUGGUGACAACAGGAGCCAAUAUUAAUGAAACAGAUGACUGGGGACGCACCCCUUUGCACUAUGCUGCUGCUUCUGACAUGGACCGAAAAAGAAAGAAUAUUUUAGGCAACUCCCAUGAAAAUGCUGAAGAACUUGAAAGAGCCAGUGAGAUAAAGGAAAAAGAAGCUGCAUUGUGUCUAGAGUUCCUUCUACAGAACGAUGCCAAUCCAUCCAUCCAAGACAAAGAGGGGUACAACACUGUGCAUUACGCUGCUGCAUAUGGGCACCGGCAGUGUUUGGAACUGAUUGGAAGCAAAACUCCAUUGGAUAUACUUCUUGAAAAAACCAACAAUAUGUUUGAGGAAUCUGAUUCUGCAGCUACAAAAAGUCCUUUGCAUUUAGCUGCCUAUAAUGGUCAUCAUCAAGCCUUGGAGGUACUUCUCCAAUCUCUGGUGGAUCUGGAUAUUAAGGAUGAGAAGGGACGCACUGCUUUGGACCUGGCUGCGUUUAAAGGACAUGCAGAGUGCGUGGAAGCUCUCAUCAGCCAGGGUGCUUCUGUCACUGUAAAAGACAACGUCACCAAAAGGACCCCCCUCCACGCCUCAGUCAUUAAUGGCCAUACACCUUGUUUACGGUUGUUGCUAGAAGUUGCAGACAACCCUGACGUGACAGAUGCCAAAGGACAAACCCCCCUAAUGCUUGCAGUGGCAUAUGGGCACAUUGAUGCUGUUUCUUUAUUACUUGAAAAAGAAGCAUCUGUAGAUGCAGCUGAUCUCCUGGGAUGCACAGCUUUACAUCGAGGGAUUAUGACUGGGCACGAAGAGUGUGUUCAGAUGCUGUUAGAGAAAGAAGUAUCUAUUUUAUGUAAAGACGCCAGAGGCAGAACACCUCUGCACUUUGCAGCAGCUCGGGGUCACGCCACUUGGCUGAGUGAAUUACUGCAGAUAGCACUUUCAGAGGAAGACUGCAGUUUGAAAGAUAAUCAAGGUUAUACACCGCUGCACUGGGCUUGUUACAACGGUCAUGAAAACUGCAUAGAGGUACUAUUGGAACAAAAAUUUUUCCGCAAAUUCUAUGGUAAUAGCUUCUCUCCAUUGCACUGUGCUGUAAUCAAUGAUCAUGAAAACUGUGCAUCACUGCUCAUCGGAGCCAUUGAUGCCAGCAUUGUCAAUUGCGAAGAUGACAAAGGAAGAACGCCCCUUCACGCAGCAGCCUUCGCAGAUCACGUGGAGUGCCUCCAGCUCCUCCUGAGUCAUAGCGCACAAGUGAAUGCUGUGGAUCACGCAGGGAAAACACCUCUUAUGAUGGCAGCUCAAAACGGUCACAUAGGUGCUGUAGACUUUUUGGUGAACAUUGCCAAGGCUGACCUGACAUUAAAAGAUAAGGAGUUGAAUACAUCUUUGCACUUGGCUAGCAGUAAAGGUCAUGAAAAAUGUGCCUUGUUAAUACUUGACAAGAUACAAGAACAGAGCCUUAUUAAUGCAAAAAAUAAUGCGUUGCAGACACCUCUCCAUAUUGCUGCACGGAACGGCUUAAAGAUGGUGGUUGAAGAGUUGCUAGCCAAAGGGGCAUGUGUCCUAGCAGUAGAUGAAAAUGGUCAUACGCCAGCCCUGGCUUGCGCUCCUAACAAAGACGUGGCUGACUGCCUGGCACUCAUUUUGGCUACCAUGAUGCCUUUUUCUCCCUCCAGUUCAAUGACGGCUUUCAACUUCGUUUGUUUUAAAAAAGACAAUUUGGGCAGGACACAUCUCUGCGAUGGCUCUUACAAUAAGCCCUUGAGUAAUAACAUAGGAACAGAGGAUGGGUACAAUGAAAACGAUUCGGAUUCUGAAACAUUUUGACUUUUUGAUAUUCAAAAACUUUUUUCCAUUAUUAUUUCAUUUCAGCUUUAUUUUUGUCUUUUUAAACAGCUUAAAUCCCACGGCUACAUUCUUAACUAUUAUUCUCGACAAGUAGGUAUUGAAAGAUUUCUAGUGUUGACGAGAAUCAAGCCUUUAAAUAACAAAGUUAGAGGGAUUUACUGGAACAUAUUCCCAUUAAUUUUCUGCAGUUUUUCAGCUUCCUGAUGUUUUCUUUAGGCCCUAAGUGCCCCUGUGGAAAGUCUCUACCUCUUAUUUUAAGUAGAAAAAGAGAAAAUGCCUUUUUUUUCUUUUUGAGAGCACAAAUAAACAGGAAACUGUUUGUAACAAGUUCUUAUAUGUUUUAGCCAUACCUUUAGUACACAGUCCUAUUUCCAGUGUAGCCUUCAUAGAUUCGAGCAUCACUCCUUUCCUCUGUUUGUCUGUUUCCUGCUUCCAGGGGCUCUGUUAAUUAGAUUUUUUAUUUUUUUUUUCACACGAACCAAAGGUAAAGUUGUAAAUCUUAAAACUGCCUGUAUUACUUUUCUACAGGAAAUGAAACCUUUUACAUUCUGCGUGUAUUAAGCACUUAAAUGUACAGAAGGCACUUUUUACAGUUCUUAGUUGCAGCACACAAUUAGAAAAAUAUAGUUAUAAACUCUUAAGGCCAAAUUCUUCUCGUCUCACCAUAUUUUCCCACAGACAUUAGUGGAACCACUUGUGUAAAAUGAAAAUCACUUGGCCCUUAUUUUUUUCAAUUCCGCACAAACAUGUACCGUUUAUUUGCACUACAGAAUUAGGGUCAUUAGACGUUUCUGUCACCUGAGCCAUUAACCAUGAAUCUAGUACAAGGGUAGGGGGGAAUGGUGAAAAGAAAAAUCAGGUGUAGACAAAGGUGUAUGUAAAAGUUUAUAAUGACUUGCCAACUUAAAUGGAUUUUUUUUUCCCUUUCUAUGCUUAAAUAACUUAUUUUUUACUGUAAACAGUAUCAAAUUUUAAAAUACCUUUGCCAGUGUUUGGAUUAACAGAGCAAAGGUAAAGCAAUGAAAGCAUAACACCAAAAGUUGAAAUACCAAACACCAGAACACACAGCAGUGUACUGUGCAGGGGACUGGAGAUACAUGCUAAAAAAGCCUAUUGUCACCAGCUUUUAAAGCAAUGUCAACUUUGUGAAUAUUUUUACUCCUUCUGCCAAAGUUUCUAGGUCAAAUGGACCAAGACCCUCGUCUGCAACAGAUGUACAAAAGGAAGAAUGAGACUUUCUAAUCAAAAACAAACAUAAAAACUAAACAAAAAGCUAUCAUGAACUAACCAGCUGUACCAAGAGGACCAAAACGCUUCAGUAAUUAAAUGGAAGACUUUGCUACUUUUAUUUUUUCUUCAAAUGUGAGUGACAUAAUGAAGUAGUUUUUCUAAACCAUAAAAAUAUAAACUUUUGAGGUAAUGAGUAGUCUUGAGUGAAUUUUACAUUUUAUGACGCAGGUUUCAAGUUGACAUUUGUAACUGAUGAUGUGUUGACCACAGGUGGUUUUUUUUCCAGACUAAAGAAUAUAAUUUUAAUGUAAAUGUGUUGAUAUUUAUUUGAAAUGAAACAAAUGCCCAGGAAAAAUAACUAUGGCUUGUUCUCCUAGUUAGUAUCUGUGCAUAAGUUUGGCGUGAUGCGAAAUGAAAUGUGAAUCUAGGCAAGACUUGAUGGCCUGAGUAGAAAAAGGAAGGGCUGCUGCACUUCGGUAGAGUGCCCAUCAUCUUGUAUGGAAUGCAGAGAUAAAGUCCACAGGCCAUAUCGCUCAAAAGCGUAGAGCAAAACACCUUCCACCAUUUGAGAGCAUAAGAAAGGGAUCCAACCCCUUGCUAGACAAGUGAGAGAAGACCGUACAGCUCCAGUAAAGAGGGGAAAAGGUAACACAGCAUGGAGUUGGGGUGUUAAAGUACCCGUGAUUCACGCUUGGGCUAUGUGCAGGCCUACACCUGUGCUGGGAAUGAUGGGAUGAGCUUCCUCAGUGCACGCUUUCAGCAGGGUCAAUGAAAAGUAAGGAUUUUUAUUUUAGUUGCAGUUUUUAGCUGUGUUUCACUCAAUUGUUAAAAAUCUGUUGGCAGAUUCCAGUUCUCUAAUUAGGAAAAAUAUUUAUAUAUUAAGUUUAUUUUGCCUUGCUAAAAUUAAAUAUUGUUUUCUUGAACAUUAGGUAAAAUUAAAUAUUGUUUCCUUGAACAUUAACAAAUUUCCAAAGUUUGCAACAAAAAAUCACAAGGGAUAGUGUCCCUAAAGGUGAACAUUUCUUUUCCCUCAACUCUGUAUUUUCUGCAGUAGAAUGACAGAGCACCUGAAACCCUGGUUUUCUCCUCAGAAAUAGCACAGAAUAACAUUUUAAUGAUUGAUUUUUCUCAAUGUUUUUCCUUUGAAGAGUUGCAGAAUAGCAAUACCCACCUUACUUAAAGCACUGAACAUAAGAGAUCAGUUGUUUCAGUUUUCAGUGGUGUCUGUUCAGAAAUGAAUAGAAAUCCUAAAUUUUGCUUUUUUAUGUGGAAUGAUGGCAUUGAAAACAAAUAAACAAAUGGGAAAUGGCUGCCUCCUGUCUAACAGCAGGAUCAGCCUUUUAAUCUUAUUUUAACCAGACAUGUCAGUAGGCUCCUUGGCAGGAUUAGUUAUGAGUCUUACCCUGAAAAACAGAAAGUUACGCUAUCCUAUGUGAAGUGGCUUCAUUAGGAGAAAACCAGUCCUCUUUCCAAAGAGGACGUUGUAUUAUUUUAAGCAGCCAUUAAAAAAAAUUCAGUAUUUUUACUUGCCACCAUACAGAGUUACUGAAAAUAUUUCUGUGUAUUUGCAAUACCUCGUAACUCUGGUAAUUGCAUAGUGCAACAACUGCUGCUUCUUAAUGAUGUAUACAACAUUACAGAUGCAUAGGUGAUUACUGAAUUACUUUGAUCCUUCUAGGAACCAAAUCCAAACUUUACUGAUUAAACUUUUCUGUAAAGUAACAAUGAUGUAAGUAUGCAAUAUUCCAGAAAUCAUAGAAACAUACGGUGUGUUAGCAUCGUAAGGGCAUUCGGAAAGCCAUGUUUUGAGUACAGCGUAUUUAGGAGGAAAACUGUCAGGAGCAGGACACUUAGAAGUACUCAGAUUUGGUCUAUCCCACAUCUCACGUGAGUUACCAGAAUCCCUUUUUUGUAUGCUAGUACAUUGAUCUGUAAUAUAAUUUAUCACUUGUAGAAAUAGACUUCUAAUUUAGGGCAGGUAUUUAAGCAUGGGAAUAAUUUUACUCUUGUAAAUAAUCACUUUGCCUUUCUGUGGACUUUUUACAAGAGUAAUCAUACAUAAUUGUUGCACUUAACCCUGGAUCCUGCAAUCUGCAGUACGUGGAUGACUUGCGUGUCUGCGCCAAGCAAAGGGUAUUUAGGGAGGGGCAGCCCUCAGCCCAGGCGCGUUAGCAGGAUCCUGUCAGGUCCCAAGUCUCUCUCAUUAAUACUGAGUUACAACCUCCGGACUGCCUGAAAUUGCUGUGAAAUAGCUCAGGGGAUUUCUGUUCAUCGCUACUAAAAGGGCACCAUAAUGUGUUUGGUACUUUUGUGCAGUAAACAGCUGCCAGGUUAUCGAAUUAGAACAAACACAUGAAAUGAAUUGUUUAUCCGUUGUACUGUUGAGAAACUCGGUUAUGUACCUGGAGGAUGAUUUUAAAAAAAUUGUGAUUUUUAUUCUUAGUCAUGUAAGAAAUAUUAGAGUGCCUUUUUAUAUUUGUGUAUUAUGGAAAUGUUUUGUGAAACUCAUCUUUUUUUUCUUUUUUUUUCAUUUGAGUGUUAUAAAAGCAAUAUAUUACCAGUAAAUUUUCAUUUCAGACCUUCUUUGAAUGUAUAAAGUGUUUCUUCUUUUCGUAUGUUCUACCUGCAUUGAAAUGAAAAUUAAUAUGCUAAAUUUCUAUAGGAAUAAUGUAUAAUUUUUGCAGUGCUGAAAAUGCUUUCUUAUUACACAAGAAGUAAACCUUAGGUCAGUGUUAUAGGAAAGGGCGUUUUGAACUAGUGACAAUCUGAGUGUGUGUAUAAAAUGUAAUUUUAUGCGUUUCUUAUGCAGUGAUCUACAUAUUAAAGCCAAUAUCUUACGUUUUGUAGGUUUUGUCUUAUAUUUUAUGCUUUAGCAUGUGCAAUAUAUCUUUACAAACCAUGGUGAUACGAAUCUGGUGCCAGUGUUAUAUUUUGCAUAACAUUUGUAAUAAACAAUAUAAAAUAU